UAAGUACGAUUAGAUGACUAGCUUGAUAGCUAACCACUUAGAGAUCUAGCUAAUUUAAUGUUAGCUAACUUUGCUAUCGUAUUUUUUUUGCUGUGCUCUGCACUCGAUUUUUAUUUUGAUACUAUUGAGAAAGUGCCCAGCUGAUUGUUUUAGCUAUUGGACCACCAAGUCUUAGUGUAGUUUUGUUAUGCUGUCAGUUGCAUAAAUUGCCUGGUGGAAUAACUUCAGUAUUCGGCGCUUCUGCUGGUUUAACUAGUUACACACUUUCUUACUAGCUAGACCUAAGUAUGCCAGCGGCCUUCUCGACUGGUGUUCUUCGGACUGUAUGGAGGAAAAGGGGGAAAUUCCAACGUGUGAGAGGCAUCUCUGAUAACCAGUUAUGCUAUAGAGUUGAUCCUAUUGACAGUUCGUGAGCCAAUGAGUAAAAGAAAAUAAACUGCUUGGAAUUCGUCUAGCCAAUCAGGCUCAACUGAGGGUGGGCACAUGCGGGAAAAGGCAGGGUCAAGCAAGUCUACCGAUAUGUCUCUUAAGUUAUACAAGGGUUUUUUGGUUGCUUGCUAAUAUCUUUUGAUAGUGACGUGUGUUACCAGUUAUUAGUUAGUCUGGUAGCGAAUUACUCUACAUUUGAUCCCAGUCAAGGAAUAUUAAAAAAGCAGUACUCGAUUAUGAUGCUGUAUUGUAGUGCUCAAUUGUAGAAAAUGCCUACAUGCUGGGGAAAAGAAAAUUAUUUAGCUAUUAACUACUUAGCAGCUACGACUAUUGUUUCAGUUUUUCGUAGUUAGCUAACUAGCUGUUGGAUGUGCUUUAUCCUCUCUAGCCAUAUAUAUUGGCUAAUAUUUUAAUGUAAUAUUUACUUACUAAGUAGAUGUUCCGUACUUUGCAAGCCAGGUGCAGCCACGGCUAUCAAUAACCAAACUUGCAGGAUCUGAGAACUCAGUUACCCUGCAAACUCUCCGCUAAAAUGGGGGACGACCGCCCUUUCGUCUGCAGCGCCCCGGGGUGCGGGCAGAGGUUCACUAAUGAGGAUCACUUGGCUGUACAUAAGCACAAGCAUGAAAUGACACUGAAAUUUGGACCAGCCAGAACGGACUCUGUCAUCAUCGCAGACCAGACGCCGACGCCGACCCGCUUCCUGAAGAACUGCGAGGAGGUGGGGCUGUUCAGCGAGCUGGCCAGCUCCUUCGAGCAGGAGUUCCGCAAGGCCCAGGAGGACGACGACAAGAGGGCCAAGAACCCUCUUCCUGCCUCCCCUCACGGUGGGGCCCUCGACAUGACCCUACAGACCCCUUCAGAUGUGAAAGUGAAGGAGGAGGAGCCAGUGGAGGUUGACUCCUCCCCCCCAGGAAGCCCAGACUCCAUCUCCAGCAGAUCUGACAGCGGCUCAGAAGCAAAGAGCCCUCCGAGACCCGCGGUGAGCGCGGCUCCCACCCCCACCAUCGUCCGGCCCGGCUCCCUGCCCAUCCACCUGGGCUACGACGCCCUGCACCCCACCAUGCCCUCCCCCACGUCCGUCAUCACCCAGGCCCCGCCCUCCAACCGCCAUCUGGGCUCUCCCACCGGCCCCUACCCAAUGAUAAUGCAUUUGCCCAAUGGGCAGGCGGUACCAGUUCUUCCAGGUCCGGUUCAGAUGCCCUCUGUUAUAUCGCUGGCCCGGGCCAUGCCCACGGUACCCAACGUUCCCGGAAUCCCCGGCCCCCCUCUGGGAGGGAGCGGCAGCGGCUCCUCCUCCCCCUCCGGGUUCAUCCCCCACUCCGAGGCCAAGAUGAGGCUGAAGGCGGCGCUAUCCCAGCAGGCACCUGCGGGGCACAGCUACGGGGGCGUGGCCACGGUGUCCAGUCCCAUGGUGCCUCAGAGACAGGAGCAGAGCCAGCUGCUGGUACAGCACCCUGACGCCCCGUCACCCGCCCAGCCUCAGGUGUCCCCGGCCCAGCCCACGGGUGGGCGCAGGCGGAGGACGGCCGAGGACGAUCCGGACGAGCGGAGACAGCGCUUCCUGGAGAGGAACCGCGCGGCGGCCUCCCGCUGCCGGCAGAAACGCAAGAUCUGGGUCAACUCCCUGGAGAAGAAGGCCGAGGAGCUGACCUCCAUGAACGUCUCGCUGUCUAACGAAGUGUCCCUGUUGAGGAAUGAGGUGGCCCAUCUGAAGCAGCUGCUGCUGGCCCAUAAGGACUGUCCCGUCACCACCCUGCAGAAGAACAGUGUGUACCUGGGGGAGGAGACCCUGAAGCAGCUGUCGGAGCCCACGGGCUCCCCGGCCCCGGUCAUCCAGCACAGCGGCAGCCCCUCGGCCGGGCCCAACGGGCUGAGCUCGCGCGCCGCCGCCGAGGCCGUCGCCAUGUCCGUGCUGGCGGGGAUGGGCGGGCCGCAGGGGGGCGGGGCCGGGGGCGGGGCCUCCUCUCACGUCAUCAUGGCCACGCAGUCCCAGCCCUCUGCCAGAUGAUGAGCGGGCGUGGCCCUGGACUCUGCGUGCAGAGGGGUGGGAAGGAACGAAGGAGGGGGGGUCACGUUAACACCCCCCCCCAAAAGCCCCUUUCUCUCUCUUUUUCUCUCUCUCUCUGUCUCUCUGGAGCUCAGUGGGACUUGUGCUGGAACUCAUGGAGAGCUUCUUACCCACAAGGCCAUGGACUACAGGGGCUGGACUCCGCCUACCUUCCUGCCCCACCCCUACCCUGACCCCACCUUUUAAACUACCCCCAAGCUCACUGGACUAUAGUACUGCAAGACUUUGUUCUGAGUGCACUCGUAUUGUCAGCACCACACACACACACACACACACACACACACACACACACACUGUCACGUCUCGCUUUCUCAGGCGUCAGUGGAUUUCUGUGCUUUUAUUGUUGAAUUGCUUUUUAAAAUAACUUUUAAGGUCCCCUUGUUCCCAAGUGAGAGGUGCCAUCUUGUAAAAUUAACUUCAUUAGAGUUUCACAAAAUGGUUGACCUCAUUUAUACCCUUGUGUACACAUUAGUUCUGUAGUUAUGUAUAUGCUGUUCUGUAUAACAGUUACAUAUGCGUGAGAGUAUGAACAUGCAGUACAUGCAGUAUAGUGCUGGUUACUGUCUGAUAUACACUAACGCCUGGGCUUGUUGCCAUGGAGCAUCUUAUUCUGUCUGCCUGCCCUGAACAGAUGGUCUUAUUUCAUUGGGCGGAUAGUGUCAGGCCCGCCCCCAAAGUGCUAGAUCGGCUGUUGUUAUUGGCUGUGACUGAAAUUGAGAUUGGCUGAGAGUCGUGCUUUUCUAGAACGGCUACCUGCAGCACCUGCGGCUGUGUUUAAGUAUAGAGUCCGCGCCCUGUGGAAUGGGCCUCGAACCCUUCAUAGUGUGACUGCUUCCCUCUUAAAGCCACACACACACGCUCCGCCCUGGGUUACUUUCUUACUGUUUUAUUUAUUGUGUGUGUGUCUAUGUACGCGUGUGUGUGUGCGCCUGUGUGUGUGUCUGUGUACGUGUGCGCACGCUGUGGCUCUCCUGUGUGAACCUGACUGUAGAUUCAUUGGCUGUAGGUGGUAUGAGUUGUGGGACUGGAGCCCAACCCUGCUGGUUAUGUGGAAGAGGGGGCUGGGUGUGGCUGGGUGUGGCUAAUGGCCUCCGGGCUCACAGUGAAGUUCAGUCUCUACAUGCUUUCUGCCCUACCCCACAUCUCCCUGCUUGUGCUGAGCAAACUGGCUCAGAUCCCCUUUAACACUUGCCCCGCCUGUUCCUCUCUCUCUUUUCUUUCUCACAUGCACACACACACACACACACACACACACACACACACACACACAGAAACACACACACACACACACACACAGACACACACACGCACACACACACACACACACACACACACACGCUCACAAAUCCUGUGUUUGGGGGGAAAAGAAAAACGCCUUAAAAAAAGGAAGAAAAUUCACACCAGUGCCUCCCUUCCCUCCGUGUGCUGGUGGGUGGAGCAGACCCAGUGGGGGAGGGGCUGCGUCCCAGGGUCAGGGGGCAGCUCGCCGCCUGAGGAAUCUCACACGGAGAAAAAGCAUCGGAACGCUCGGGUGUGUUUGAGCUCAUAUACCUCCGAAAGAUGCAGCAGGUUUGGAUCUCUCGCUCCCCCUCUCCUCCUCUCCCUCGUUUGUGGCUUUGUGGCACCUGUCUUCCUUUCUGCACACGGGAGGUGCUGCGGGACUGCCAGUCAUGGCCCCGCGCAGACGGGCCUGCGCAGACGGAUGCAGACGGCCCCACGCAGUCGGACGCAGACGGUCCCGUGUGAUUGUGCACAGACGGCCCCACACAGUCGGACGCAGACGGCCCCAUGCGGUUGUGCGCAGACGGGCCUCGCAGUCGGACGCAGGCUGCUCCGUGCAGUCGGAUGCAGACGGAUCCGCGCAGUCGGAUGCAGACAGCCUCAGGGUGGCUUUGUACCUUCACCCAUUUUCCUCUGGGAUUGCAGCGCGAAGAAUUGGGCUCAAGUACCAUUAAAAAGAAAAAACAAACUGAAAACCUGGGGCUACAUUUUACAGUUCCUUGGAUUAAAGCUGGAAACAUACUUGAGUUUUAUUGCGCCACGUGUACGUGAAGUAGUUGCAUCCCCAGCUUUUUUUUUUUUUUACUGCAGGUUUAAAGGUAUAUUCACUAGGGGGCAGAUUCAGGGCUUCUCUCCAAAUGAUUCCGCCAUCCUUCCUGGCUUCCCGUGUGGCUUCCUAGCGUCUGUCGCGUCACUAGGCAUAAAAAUAUAUACUGCCCCCCGCAGUUUACGCGGGUAUUGCACCUUGCGGACUGUAGCGUUAAUUUUUGCGGAUGUGCACAAGGAACACCCUGACCGACCGCAGGAUACACGUGACCGCAGUCUUGCGUCCACGUUCGCGUAAUUUAAAUCAAGUAUGUUUCCAGCCUAACAGACCCCGGAGUCCUCGCACCUCAAGUACUUCGUUUGCAGGGUGUAACGCGAUGCAGAAAUGUUUGAGAAGUUGUAAACUGUAUGGGCGGGUGUAAGUGCACUAAGAACAAUAUGCAGAUGUUUCUCUUUAUAUUUUUAUUUUUAUUUUCAUUUUUAUGAGCUUUAACAAGUCCGGAUAAAGGAACGUAACCGUGGCAGGUUCGGAGGUUUGCCGGUUUUGUCUGGUGUACUGUGUGUAUGUACGUGUGUGUGUGCGCUUGCGUAAAGAGGACUGCUCAGAGACUGUGAAAACACGUCUGGCGUGUGCGCCUGAUCUCCCCCGCACCGCAGAUCACCGCGCCGCCAGACAAACUACAAGACUGUACUCUGCAUCGUAGUUAUUGUCAUUAGCACUUUCCCCCCCUUCAUUAUUAUUCUUUUGUAUUGUGUGCUAUUGUCAGGGCUAUACAGAUGCCUGCUACAAUUAAUGCUUGUCAUUCUAUUUUUCUUUUGGAUGUAAUAAGCAAAUUUAGAAGUGCAUCCUUUCUUUGGACACUUUUUCUCCCUUUGCUUUCUGCUUAAUAUAUUCAGAUAUGAUUGUUUCGUUUUUUUUCCCUGUUCUUUCUUUUCUUUUUUUUUUCUUUUAUAUUAACUGCCUUUGUGUAACUUUUUUGUGGUUGGUCUGCUUGUGCAGGUGGUCUGUUGCCUUUUUAAAUUUUUAUUUAAUUGUUUUUGUUUUUUUUGUUUUGCUGCUUCUCACAUAGACAGACCUCCCAUGUCCAGCACAAACAACACCACUUUAUUUAUUAGGGAGUAUGUCUCAAGGGAGAACAGGUCAUCUUUUAAAAACGUAUUGUGCCCUCAAUGUGAGAAAUUACAAUCAACUUGCAUUACUGCACGAACAAGAGUUAACGUCUUGUUAAAAUAAGAAAUACAAAUUAAGCAACAUUUUAAAGUUGCUGUUCAUAAAUCUAUUUUUGUGUGAAGUCGCACUCCCAUAUGUUAGUCUGGUCGUUUGAAAAAUAUGUUAAAUGUAUUGUACAUAUGUGUACUAUAUAAAUAUAUAUAUACUUUUUCAUGCAUGCUACAGUGAUAUAAUAUGAACACGUAUCAUGGUUCCAUUUUAAUAAUUAAAACAGAAUUCAGUUUGGUAAAAUUCA